CGCCAAACAUAACAGGGUGUCUGAAACUGGUACUCGUCUUUUGAUCGAAUGCGUUCUUUUACACUUGUCCUUUUCAACGGACACCUGUGGAUUGACCGCGAUGAACUUUUGAGACCUAACAACAAAAAACACAUGGGACACCAAUCACUCACAUAACAUAACAAUCAUGGCGGUGAGCGGAGUGGAAGAUCUGUGCAGACGACUCCAGACAUUCCAACUGCAGCUUAAAGUAAUACUGGAGAGAAACAAUGAAGUCCUGGGCCACUUGGAGCAGGUGGAAGCCUCAGUUGCCGGUAUGGAUGAUACCAUGGUCAAUAGAGGUGUGAUCAGAGAUAGCCUGCAGAUUUGUAGAACCUCCAGCAAACAGGUCCAGGAGAUCGCUGAGGGUCAAUGCGGAAGUCUGGAGGAGCAACUUAAAGAACUAGCCAGGUACUCAGAUGAUGAUAAACACGGUGAUAUUAACAGGGUCCCAGAUGCCACGUUAUCUUCAGUGAAGCAGCAGCUGAUGUCCCAGCUGGACUACAACGUAGCCUUGCAGAAGGACAAGGUGGCGCUGGAGGCCCUACUGGCAGAGAAGAUGGAGCAGGUCGCCCAGACCAGCAAGAUGAAUGAGACACUGCAGGGGGACGUGGAAGAGUCACAGGAGAAGAUGAGGAACGUCCUCAACAGGCUUGAUAGGACAGCACAAGAUGCUGAAGACAGAUUGGAUUGUCUGGAGAAAGAAACCAAGAAAGCCCAGAAGACAUCUGAGGAGUACCAGAGAUUGUACGAGGCGGAGAAGCAGAGAAGAGAGAACACAAACCCAUCCCAGAGGAGGCAAGCAGGCAGUCCAACCCACCGAGACCUGACCCCUAUGGCAAGACAAACGCGCACGUCAUCCACCACACCGUAUCUCUUCCAAGCACCCAUGACCAGAGUCAAGUCACCAGACCGAGUCAAACCCAAGGACAUGGACACCAAGUACUUGUGCCUGGUGGAUGAGAACAAGAAUCUUCACACCGAGGUGCGGCGGCUUCGAGAUGAGAACACUUACCUGAUGAGGAGCAGUAAAGACUCCAAGAGAGACGUGGGCAUCAUCCAGCGAUAUAUUGCAACGUGCCAAUCGCAGAGGAGUGAGCUACAAAUCCGAUUGCGACGAGAACAAGAAGAGCACCGUCGGCUGGAAGUGUCUAUGAAUAAGCAGGCCUCCAACUGGAUCGCAGAGAAGAAGAUGGUACGAGGAACAGAGACAUCAAGCAAGGCAGCAAAGAUACAGUCCGAGUCGGUCUUCGGAGCGCCAAGGAGGCUGAAGCGCCACUCAGUCAAGCUGAAUGAGGACAGGCCGCGAGACAUACCAGUCCAGUCAUGGUGACCAGAAACUUACAGGGUCUCUUCAGUCACUCAUCUUAUAUGGUGUCUAAUUUGAGGCAGGGUAAGUCUUUAAAAGAAAAUUUGGCAUUUACGUUGACCCCACCUACUUGAGAUUUUUUAUGCCAACAUUUUUUAGGCCUCAAACUUUUACCGUCACAAUCAGUCCAAAAUUAAUAAUGAUGUUUAUUUUGGAAAUAAAAAAUUCUUAUCUAUGCAAGAUAUUGUGUGUUAUUGGUCAAUUUAUCAAUUAAACAGGUUAAUUAAACAGAAUACUGUUAAAUAAAGGUUCUGUUAAAAGUAAUCAAGUAGGUAUAAAAGACGAACAGAUAAGCAUUAACCAAAAUGACAAAAAUACAGCUAUUUUCCUACCCACCUAGUUGGAUAAUAUUUGGGACGUUUCCGUUAACACACAAUUUGUUUUCUCGGCUUUAGUUUAUUAAUUAGCAAAUGGACAGACAUAUUUCUUCAUCAGUGCCAGUAUCUAUUCUUUUUGUACAUCACACAUAUCCGGUGGCAUAUAUUAAAGGUUCUUAAUUUUUGAGACGCCUUCCCUAUGCUACAAUGCUUAAACGCAGCCUUUCAACCAGUGGUUAUUGUCCACUCUUAAAUAGGCCACAGCAUUAUUUGCAUAGCAACUUUUCAUAACCAACCUUGAGUUGGAUUGUACAGAAAUCAAUAACUCAUUCACCAGCAUUGUAUUGAACCCAUCGAACAGUAUUCAAUCCACCUCAUGACCUGCAUGGUUGUAUUUAACUAUGCAUAGGACUAGAAUAUCAGGUGUAAAUCUACUAGACCAGACUACAGAGCUAGAGUUUUAAAGGGAAUGUACAUCUUUGGCUUUUGCUGUAAUUUUCAGA